AUGUCGGCUGUGUGGCCGGAAGCCGAGGUGCAGAUGGCUCCCGGCGGCCUGCUCGCCAACGGUAUCAGAAGCGGCAUGUUACGGCGGCGGCGGACACUGGGAGCCUCUGCUCAGGGGAACAUCCAAGGCUCGAAGCGACAGGGGCGAAGGCAGGAAGAGGACACUUCUCCCGGACCCUAUGGGCCUACGGCACAGAAGACCAAUAAGGUGCUUAAACCAGCCGGGCUCCUCGAUGGUACCUGGCAGCUGAACCAGCUCAGCCUUCUCAACUCGAUGCCGCACUCCAAUUACUCCAAGAGGCGGAGGCGAAGCCGAACGGCAGCGCGGUGGAGGGAAGUGACGUUGCGAAAGUUAAGAAGGAAAGAGAAACAUCGUGACUAA